AUGGAUAUAGAAAAUGCAGAACAAUUUGUGCAAAGAGUGGCCCCAAUGUUUUCCUCUAGCGAUAUCUGUUUUGCCUUCAUAGAAAGAAUCUCCAAAGUAUCUUUUGACACUGAAGUAAAAGACUUGUUACAAGAGGGUGCAAAAAUACGUGAUAAAGUAAUGAGUAGCAAAGCCAAUGUGAUAGUCUGCUAUGGAGAAUCUUACUCAAUGAUAUUCCUUAGAUGGUUUCCAUAUUUAUCAGAAGAAGAAGAGAUGGGAGAGGAUGCAAGAGGUAAAGUGUGGAUAAUGACAGCCCAGAUCGAGCUGACUUCUGCAGUUUAUCAAAGGACUUGGGAUACACAAAUAAUCCAUGGGGCUCUGUCUUUCACAAUUCACUCAAAUGUUCUACCAGAAUUUCUCAAAUUUAUUGAACACAUAAAUCCUUGCACCACAAAUGGAGAUUAUUUCAUCAAGGACUUCUGGCAACAGGCCUUUGCUUGUGUCUUCCCUAGUACAGUCACAGAUGGUGUUGAUCAGAAUAUUUGCACUGGAGAGGAGAACCUGGGGAUGCUUCCUACACCUUUUUUUGAAAUGAGCAUGACGGGCCAUAGCUACUGUAUAUACAAUGCUGUUUAUGCCAUAGCCCAUGCUCUCCAUGUCAUGUUCUCAUCCAGACUCAGUUCAAGAUUACUGGAAGACAAUAGGAAGCUGACAUCUCAGGAUUAUCAGCUGGUGCAGUUCCACUAUUUCCUCAGAGGUGUGUCAUUUAAUAAUAGUGCGGGAGACACAGUUUCCUUCAAUCAGAAGGGGGAGUUGGAAGCUGGGCUUGAUGUUAUUAAUUGGAUUGCUUCGCAAAACCAAUCCUAUCAUAAAGUUAAAGUUGGGAGAAUGAAUCCCCAGACUUCUUCAGGUCAAUUGUUCACCAUCCAUGAGGAUGCUAUAACAUGGCACAAGUGGUUUAACCAGGCAAGGCCUAUUUCUCUAUGCAGUGAGCCGUGCAGUCCUGGUUCAAGCAAGAAAGCAAAGGAAGGGGAGCCAUUUUGUUGCUACGAUUGCAUCCCCUGUCCAGAAGGGAAGAUUUCAGACCAGAAAGAUAUGAGUGAUUGUUCCACAUGUUCAGACCAAACGUAUCCAAAUAAAAAACAUGAUUUAUGUAUUCCCAAGGAGAUAAGUUUCUUGUCUUUUGAAGAACCUGUGGGGCUCAGUUUAGCCCUUUCUGCUCUUUCCGGUUCCUUGGCCGCCAUUCUAGUCCUCUUCACAUUUAUGAAGAACCACAACACACCCAUUGUCAAAGCCAACAACCGGCAGCUCACCUACACUCUCCUCCUCUCCCUCCUGCUCUGCUUCCUUUCUGCACUGCUAUUCAUUGGGCAGCCUCAGAAGGUGACGUGUCUCCUCCGACAAACUGCUUUUGGCAUCGUCUUCUCAGUCGCUGUUUCUUGUGUGCUAGCAAAAACCCUCACUGUGGUUCUGGCUUUCAUGGCCACCAAGCCAGGAUCCAGAAUGAGGAAAUGGGUGGGAAAGAGGCUGGCCAAUUCCAUUGUUCUUUCUUGCUCCCUUCUACAAGGAGGCAUUUGCAUUGUGUGGCUGGCAAUCUCUCCCCCAUUACGAGAGGCUGAUACACACUCAAUGGCUGAAGAAAUAAUACUUGGAUGUAAUGAGGGGUCUGUGACAAUGUUUUAUUGUGUCCUUGGCUAUAUUGGCUUCCUGGCCAUUGCCAGCUUCACUUUGGCCUUCCUCGCUAGGAAGUUACCCGACACGUUCAAUGAAGCCAAGUUUAUCACUUUUAGCAUGUUAGUGUUUUGCAGUGUGUGGUUAUCCUUUGUUCCAACCUACUUGAGCACUAAAGGGAAAUACAUGGUAGCUGUGGAGAUCUUUUCUAUCUUAGCCUCCAGUGCUGGGUUGUUGGUCUGCAUCUUUUCUCCCAAAUGCUACAUUAUUUUGUUGAAGCCUGAAUUGAACAAAAGAGGACAGCUAAUACGAAGAGCUAACUGA